AUGGCAGCGGCCCCCGCCGCGAUGGGUCACACUUGGAUUGAGCAGCUGCGCAACGUCAAUGAUAAAGGCGACUAUGUUGGGGAAUACGGCUACCCGCGAGGCAUGGUCUCAAAAACUGAUCAGGGCUUCGAUGGCAACUCGAUGAACUACGAGAUUCCCGGCGCCAAAACACCAGGCAACGUCUUCAUUACCAACAGUACGCUACUCUGUCACGAGAAGCAACGCAAACAAGAGCAGUCUCAGGACAAGUACCCUCGCCUCCAAGCCACGCCGGGUGGUUUCAUAGCCAUGAGAUAUAUGGAGAACGGCCACGUCUCUCUCCCGAACAACCAGAAAGGAAAGCCCGAGAAGGGCGGCACCAUCUUUGUAUACGGCACCACAUCACCGAAGGAGGACGAGCAUUUAGUAACGGUUUUGAGCUGGACUCAAGAUGGUCAAGGAGGGGACAAGCGCGGCAAGCUACUCGCCAUGAACGAUUUCGACGACGGUCGUUGCUACGAAAAGAACGGCUCACCCAUCUCCCUCGAGCGCAUGAAGUCUGAUCCGAACUUCGCAAUGGGCCAAGCUGUCGACGGAGCACCAGGAAACUAUCCUCUUUUCUGCGAAACGAACGUUCAGCUUCCUGAUAAUGCCGAGAUGGGUAAACCAUACACUUUCUAUUGGGUCUGGCAAUGGAACACAGCUUCUGGCGGCAUCGACCCAGGCUACCCCAAGGGCAAAGACGAAUACUACACCACAUGUAUCGACGUUGAUGUCGCGUCCAAAGACGUCGCGAUGGCUGAGGCUGCAGAAGCACAAUUCAAUCUUGGCCCUCAGCAAGAUGCCAUGACCAUUGCUGUGGCGGACUUCGCGUCUCGCACGGCUCUCAUGACAAACGUUGUGCAAGGCGAAGUCGGUCCCAUAUUUUCCGGCGGAUCACCUGUUAUUACGCCCUCUGCUACCGACGCGGUGCCCUCACCAACCGGUGGCGCUCCCAUUAUCAGCAGUAUUGUUCCCUUUAUCAGCAGCGGCGCCCCUUUCCUCAAUUCUACCAUGCCGGCCCCUACCGAUAUCCCGACUCUAAGCGGGCGUCCUGGCGCAGCCCCCACAUUAUCUGCAGGUCUAGGCUCUGUCGUCACCGUGACCGACACCAUCAUGGUCACCGUUACAGCGCCUGCUUCAACUCAACCCGCUGCUUCUGCAAUCACUCCUCGUGCAGUUCACAGCAUCUACCACAAGAAUGGUGCCAAGUUCAGAGGAUUGUAA